AAGAUUAUUUAUAUAUUGAUACAUUUUCUACAUGUGAUUUGAAUAACAUAAAAUAUACGUAAUACUUUUUUAUCAGUUUGUACAAAACAUUGCAUGUUUUUUGUGAGUGACACUGAGUGACACUUGUGUGUGCUGAAAAGAAAUAAUAUAUUUUAGCAGGAAGAUGCCAGUAGAUCAGAUUCAAUAUUCAGAAAAGUACAGCGAUGAUAAAUAUGAGUAUAGGCAUGUAAUAUUGCCGAUUGAUCUUGCCAGACACGUUCCGAAGACUCAUCUUAUGACAGAAACGGAAUGGAGGAAUUUAGGGGUCCAACAGAGUCCUGGAUGGGUGCAUUAUAUGAUGCAUGGACCAGAACCACAUGUUCUAUUAUUUCGCCGAUUGAGGACUGAUCUUCUAACAUCUCGAUCUACUGCUUCGCAGAGAGAACAGACUGUUGUGCGUUGUAAUUGAAUUUGAAAUAAGGAUUAAAUGUGAGAUUAUACGUGAUUGCAACUAAGAUAUAUAUUGAUUAUAUUUUGCUAUAUUUAUAUGUAUUAAAGAUAAAAUGUAUUAAAGAUAAUUAUUAGCAU